AUGAAGUGGCAUGUGGUCAUUGCUAUGACGAUUUUGAUACAGUUUGUGGUCAUAAAACUAAUUGAUGCAAAGGAUUUAAGUGAUGGAAGGUCACAUCAAGGUCAUAGUAUUCUUGUAGUUGGUAAAACAAACAGUGAUGAAGCUAGAAAUAUAAGUGGUCAUAAAAAAAGUGAUAAAAACUCAACAGGCAAAGUCGUCGCGAAAACUUAUAGUAGGGAAGGCCAGAAUAUUGUGGAAGCAGCGUUCAUGAUUGGCAACAAAUGCGCCACUGGUUUCGUUAAAAUACAUGGCAUCUGUGCUUUUAUUGAUUAA